AUGUCAUCAUCAUUAAAUUUAAGUAGUAAUGAGUUUCAAAAGUUGAAUGAAACCGUACCGGAAUUGUUCCGUCUUUCAGCAAAAGUACAGUUGGCAGAGACAAUCAGCUUCCUCAGUCCAAAGAUACCUGAGGAGAGUGUGCAGAUUCUCAUUAAUGCAUGUCUGUCACUGCUACCCAAUGCUUCAUUCAAAGACGCUCACUACAACGAUGCCAACCUAAGGGCAAUAAUCAAUUCCAAUCCAACAUUAUCAACUUCAUUAGUUAGUAUAAGAUCACAAGAAUCUGUAAUUGCUUUAGCACAUCUCUAUAAAUGUUCGAAUGCAGUUAUCGAUGUUGUGAAUGACGAUAAGAUAGUUGUACCGCUGUUGGUUUCAUUCCUCGUUUACUUGACUUAUACUGAUUUCACCAAUUGUACACCUGCCGAUGCCGAGCACGCCACUAACUUUACUUAUUACUUGGUUGGUCAGUUGGCACUGUUGUCUCAUGUCUCUCAGGAAGCACGUAACAUCAUUGUUCCAUCGUUCAUCGAAUUCCUCCAUACUAUAGUCUCAUCGACACAGAUCAAUAGCAACAGCAACAACAGUAGCAGUAAUGGUAGCAGUAGCAGUAGCAGUAAUCAAACCACCAACACCAUUAUCAAUCCACCACUACUCUACGGUACAUUAAAAGCACUCGGUUCCGAUCAAUAUAGAUUCAACUAUCUACAAGAGGAACUAGAUAAAUUAAUAACCACAGUCGAAUCACUAAUUACACAACUACAGCAACAACCUAAAUCAACUUCCACUUCAUUACAAAAGAUUAAUCAAAAGAGAUUAUUCUUACUUAUAUUUAGAUCGUUUGAACAAAUAACUAGAUUACCACAAGAUCAAGUCGGUACCGAUAUCUAUAGAAAGUUAUAUAAUGUUGUAUUACCAUAUACUUCAUCAUCAAAUUUAAUUGAUAAUGAAACUUUUAUAUCUAUUAUUAAUGUAAUCGUUAGAUGUGCUAUUAAUGAUGCUUCGAUUGGUCCAUUGGCGUUUGAUUUUAUAUUGCGAUAUAUUGCCGAAUCAAAGAGCUAUUCGAAUAGCGAAGUUAUCAGUGCGAUGCAACGGCCAUUCACAGAGUCGUUGUAUGCCACCAUGUUGACAUCGUUGGUGACUCUCACCGAUAAGUAUCCGGACAAGGUGAUCAAGGUGAUCGAUUCUCUCAAGGAUUUCAUCAUUGGAAACAGUCUGGUAGUUAAGCAUUCCGAUGCCGUGCGAGCCGUUGCCUUUGACAGCAUCUGCAAGAUCCUCAAGAACGAACAGCAACGCGAGCAAAUGGAUGUGGUGCGUAGUGUAAUCUCAUCGUUUGUCAAUACUCUGCAUGCCAACUACGCCAACGGCUCGGGCCUCUCAACCUCGACCACUGGCAUUGACAACCGAUUGUCGCGUUCACCCAGCGUCUUGGCAAUCCACAACGACUCGCUCUCCAAUAUCAUCGUUUGUCUCGGUCGAAUGAUAUGCACACUCAACGAUAUCAACAUCAUCUACCUGUUGCUGCCGGUGUUUAUAUCGCGUGUCACCUAUCCACCUGCCUACAUUGACAAUCUCAUCUUGGAGCAGCUCACCGACAUUGCUCUGCUCGGUCACGAAGCGAUCAUCAAGGACAUCGUACAAAUGAUUACCAAGCUCUUCAAGAAGAUCUACAAGGAUCCAAACCAAGUCAACAUUGAUGAUCUCGAACAGAAUAUAUCGUCGCCAAUUCUCAAGGGUAUGGGUUUCCUCUUACCAACGAUUGCUGAACUAGUGAAACAACCAAUCAUCACCAACUACAAUAGCAAUAACAGCAGUGGUAGUAAUAGUAAUCAAAGUCUUAGCAACAGCUUGGCAAAUUCCGUCAGUACCUCUAGUAAUAGUUUACUCGGUAAUUUGAAUGGUUCGUCGAGCAAUGUCGACAAGAGUAUAUUGAACAGUGGCAAUGCCAAUAUGAAGUUAUUCCGUUCCGUUUGGUUCUAUUGUGUUUUGUUCAAGUUUAGUGUUCCAGGUCAAUGGCGUAGCGAUUGGCGUGACAGCGUGCAGGUUAUCGCCUCACAUUUGGCACCUUUAAUAUCAAGUAAGACUUUUAUCUAUUUGGAGAUGGAAAUCGAGUUGGACUCGAUCAUCAAGCAAGGUUUCGACAAGGAGUACUUUGUUAAUCUUCGUCAGACCCUGAAUGAACUGCUGCCAGGACAUGCACACUUUAUUAAACAACUGACAAACGCUCAGGUUGCCUAUGUAUACUGUGUCCAUACUCUUGAGACAAUGCGAUACAAUGAAUCUCACUCAUUCACCGUUAUCUUUUCGUAUCUCGAGGAUCAAGGUGUUGAGAAUAUCAAUGUGACUUCGUGUAUUCGUGGUAUUGCCGACCGUGUUUUUAAUGAGUUCUUGAUGACCUACUCUGUCGUCUCACCUUCGAUCUGUGAGCGUGAGUUAUCGACUCAUGCUCGUUUCCUCCUGGUCAAGUUCUGCUAUCCAUACGAGCCAGUACGUAAAGCUGCCGACGAAUGGAUAUCUUCGCUCGUUGCCAAGUUCCCCUCGAUUCUCUGGAACAAAGAUUGUCUUUCGACACUUCUCGACUUGCUCGAUGUCAUUGGACAGGCCGCUCGUACCAAACCGAUGGAUAUGAUCUCAACACGCAUGCCAAACACUGGUGAAGUAAUCGAACUGCCAGACGAGACACCCUCACGUCAACGUUUGCUACAAGAGGUAAUCGAGCUCGGAAAUGUAUGGCUCAAGAAUGGUGCAGCCGUUGCGCCAGCUGAAAUUGCCGAGCAACUCCAAGAGUACAUGCAAAAGUUCAGUCAGAUCGGACAGAAUCAUAUCGGUUUCUCGCUGGCUGUUGAGAUUGGAUCGAUCCAAUCUUCCUCUAACAACGGAUCGGUUUCCACUCCGACCACACCAACACGUCUCAUUAGUAGUGGUUCAACCAACGCCAAUAGUAGCACACCUUCCAUUGCCAAUAGUAAUGCCGCUACCUUUGUCAGUACUCUCCAAUUGAAAGCACUAUACACCGGUGAGGUCAACGGUAUGAUCAACAUGAUGAUGAUGGACGAGAAUGAAAACAGUGGCGAUGCCGAAGAAACAGAGAGAAUCGUCGAGGAACUUGCAUUCCUCCGAUUGAUUGAGGAGUUUAGAAAAAGAAAGUCUAUCAACAUUGGUGUUUUCAGUUCGAUCAUGUAUCGUUCCUGUGCAUUCCUGAUCAAUCGUUACUUUGGACAAUCGAUUCGUUUGAUUCACAUGGUAUGCUAUACACCAGUCAUAAUCUUCACACCGGAAUCAAUGGAGGUUGGUAUCACCGCUUGGAAAUGGUUACUCGCUGAACGUCCAGACUUGACACGUUUCAUCAUGACUUCGAUCAGUGAUAUCUGGUCGUGGACUGUCAACCAACGUAUUGGUCUCUUCUCCAAUACCGAGCGUGAGCCAUCGCCAUUGUCCAUCUCCAACACUGGCAGCGGUUCGGACGCCACCGGCAAUCCUGGCAGCGCACAAGUCAACGUCAACUCAUCAACUUCAUCCACCUCUGGAUUGGACCAAUCAUUUGCCGGUCUCAAUUCUACUAUGGGCAGCAGUCAAAUGGGUAGCUCAACCGCCAACCCACAAAAAGCAAAGAAACAACUCGAGAAGAACAGUCAUAUUCCACACCGUACCAUGAUAAAGUUCUUGGAGGAGCGUUUCUCCAUUGUCCGCUUCAGUUCGAAAGAGCAAAUCGAUAUCAUUGCUCAGAUGCUACAGAAAGCACUCUCUGAUCCACUAAUGUUGAGUGUUUCUCCAAAGUCACUGGGAACCAGAUUCUCACUCCUAUUGCUAUGCAUGAAGUUUGUACAAGGAGAUCACAUUUCCGAUGCCAGCUCUGCAAUGCUGCUACGUAAACGUGUCUAUCUUGCUGCACUAUCGUGGUUCUAUAUGCCACCUAUUUGGUAUGGAUUGAACGAGUCCAGUGGAGAACUCAACACCGACACCAAGACUCUUAUUGAUUUCUGUAAAGCACUUCAACAUGAGCCAUUGUUUGCUCACCUCGACAAGCGUUUCACUAUCAACUUCCGUGAUCGUUCAAAUACAACUGUGCCAACAAGCAGUUCUGCCACCUAUUCGGUCAACUCUAUCAGCGGAGUUGGUGGAGUCAGUGGUGCAGGUGGAGUCGGUACCUCAACUCCAACCGGAACCAAUAGUACUCUUGGAUUCAACUCAGUGCGUCACCACCGUGGUGGAAGCGAUCGUAUUACCUCUGGAAUCAUCAAUCCACAGGCGUUGAACGGUGUCAUCAACCAAUCGGUAAGUGGUGGUACCGUCAGCCAGAACAGCGGAUCGAUCUCUGUCAAUGGAACCAACGGACUUGGCGGAACAUACUCUCAAAAUGAAUUGCUCUCUGUUCGUAUGGAUGUCAUUGGUAGUGGAAUCGGUACGAUGAGCAGUGCCAACUCCUAUCAUCUCUCGCAGUCAUUGAUUGACUCAAUGAAAGCAGACAAACCAUGGUCGAACGACAUUGUCAUUGAAGAUCUAAGAAAGCAGAGAAAUCUCAUUCUCCUGCUCGUUGGAAAUGAGUUGGAGCGUAUGUCUGCUUGGAACAAUCCAAUCAACCGUAUCUCACUCCAGAUCCCAGAGCAAUUGAAGUUCUCCUACGACAAUUUGCCAAAAUCUAUCAAAUCCACUUGGAAAGAGUAUUUGGUAUCGGCUUGGAGAAUCAAUCCACGUUUAGCUAUUCAGUUCAAUAGCAGAUUCCCACAGAACAAGAUUCGUCGUAUUCUCAGUGAGAUGGUUGUCAAGAACACCAAGUCUGUUCUAAACAUUCCAGAGGCACUUCCAUUGUUGGUCACCGAAGAGAAUGUCAAGGCAAACAUUCCAGAACUCAAGUAUCUGCUCUACUGGGAGACAGUCACACCACCCGCAGCCAUUGCACUUCUCGGUCGUUCAUACCACUCUCAUCCACUCGUUUCACAGUAUGCCUGUAGAGUAUUGAGAAACUUCUCGCCAGAGACCAUCAUGUUUUAUAUCCCACAGUUGGUUCAAGCAUUGAGAUACGAUCGAACUGGACUGGUUGAGCAAUAUCUUGUCAAUGCAUCAAAGACAAGUGAGUUACUUGCUCAUCAGAUCAUUUGGAACGUACAGACCUACACUGAAGCCGAUCCAAACACUGGAAAGAUGAUCGACGAUCCACAGAUCCAAGAUGUCGCCAAGCGUUUGAAAGAGAGAAUCAUCUCAGAGAUGGAUCCAUCCACCUUGGAGAACUAUGAAUCUGAAUUCCGUUAUUUCGAAUCGUUCACAGCAAUCAGUGGUCGUUUGUUACAACUGAAGGAUCCGACCAAGCGUAAAGGUCAACUCAAAGAUGAACUCAAGACACUCCAAACCAAUCACAACAACGAUCCAGAUCAUCCACUCUAUCUCCCAACCAAUCCAAAGAAUAUCGUAGAGGGAUUGGAAAUCGACACUGCCAUGACUUUGCAAUCGGCUGCCAAGGUACCGAUCUUGGUAAACUUCAAGGUCAAGGAGAGAGUCAUUCCAGCUGCCAACCCAACACACAUGCAUGUAAAAUCACCAUCACCAUCAAACUCACCACCAAACACCAACUUUGUCUCGAGUACAUCGACCUCAAAGGUACCAGAGAUGUUGAAAAAUCAAUUCUCAUCGCUUGCUGCUUCCUCGAGCAACCUGUCGUCCUCGAUAAUGCGAUCCUCUUCGAACCGUCUGCAGAAGCAGUCGUCGAGAAAGGUUAUCCAGGAACAAGAAGAGAAGCCAUCGAACCAGGUCACUAUCCAAGGUUGUAUCUUCAAGUCUGGUGAUGACAUUCGUCAAGAUAUGUUGGCACUCCAGGUGAUCGAUCUCUUCAAACGUAUCUUUAAGAGUGCAGGUCUCGAUCUCUUCCUCUUCCCAUACAAGGUAAUCGCUACCAAGCCCGGUUGCGGUAUGAUUGAACUCUGUCCAAACACAAUGUCGCGUGAUCAAAUCGGUAAAAAGGUGAAUGGUUCGCUCUACAACUACUUUAUCUCACGUUAUGGUGCCAAGAACAGUAUUGGUUUCCAAAAUGCCAGAAGAAACUUUAUCAAGAGUAUGGCUGCCUACUCUGUGGUCAGUUAUAUCCUUCAGAUUAAAGAUCGUCACAACGCCAACAUCCUUGUUGACGAAGAAGGUCAUAUCAUUCACAUCGAUUUCGGAUUUAUUUUCGAUAUUUCACCAGGUGGUGAUAUGAUCACUUUCGAAGCCUCGCCAUUCAAGAUGUCACAAGAAAUGAUUGAUAUUAUGGGUGGUAAGCCAAACGCAGAGCAAUUCACAUGGUUUAUGGAGCAAUCUGUAAGAGCAUUCUUGGCUGCACGUCAACACAUGGAGACUAUUCUCACAUUGGUGGAACUCAUGUUGGACACCAAGCUACCAUGUUUCAAAGAACAAACACUCCUACACCUCAAACAAAGAUUCUGCCCAGGAAAGAGCGACACCUACGCCGCUAAAUAUAUGAGCAAGGUUGUUGUUGACUCAUUCUCAAGACUCAGCACCUUCUCAACAUACUUUUAUGAUGUAUUCCAAUACUAUGACAACGGUAUUGAAAUGUAA